GACACUGUCCAUUCAGGGCGCCGCGGCUCGGGGCACUGUCAAAUCAGAGGCUCGGAGGAGGGGUCCAGACUCUCCGAAUCCAGGAGGCCGGCCCCACCGCGUGGACAUCGCUCCCGGCCGCCGCUUCCCGCGUGCGCACCUGCCGGCAGCGGCCCCAGGGGACCCGUCCGCGGGGCUCUCGCCUGCCAGGGCCUCGGGGCCGCGAGAUGGCUCCGGUGGUCUUUGAGGACGUGGCCGUGGCCUUCUCCUGGGAGGAGUGGGUUUUGCUGGAUGCUGCGCAGAGGGAGCUGUACAGGGACGUGAUGCUGGAGACCUUCCAGAACCUGGCCUCAGUGGAUUAUGAGGCACCAUGGGAAGCCACCGGGUCAAUUUGUCAACAGGACAUGCAUGAGGAAAAAAUGCCAAACCAGGAGAACAUUGCAAAAUUCACAAUAAAUAAUGCUCACGCCAACAUUUUAGAAAAAAAUUGGGAAGACCAAAGCAUUGAAGACCAGGGUGAAAAGCAUGCGAGACAUCUGAGAAACCCUAUGGCAGACAGAUUCUGUCAGAGGGAUAAAGGAAUUCCACAUGGAGACACCCUCAGCCACGGCUCCAGUGUCGGUCUGUACGUGAAUGUUUCCACUGGAGUAAAACUAUACAAAUGCACCAAGUGUGGGAAAGUGUUCAUGCAUCUUUCUUCCCUUAAGAAACACGUCAGAUCUCACUGUGUACAGAGACUACAGCUGUAUCAGGAAUGCAGGCAGGCCUGCCUGUGUCCCCCACACCCAGGAACAAGUCCCGAUGGGUGUACGUUGUGUGGGAAAGCCUUCCCGUAUUUCUACUCCCUUGCUCAACACAUCAGGGUUCACACUGCAGAGAAAAACUACAAGUGCGAGCCGUGUGGGAAAGCUUUCCCCAAGUUCUCCAGCUUCAGUAGGCACAGGAGGGCCUGCGCUGGAGAGAGGCCCUACACAUGCAACGACUGUGGGAAGGCCUUUGUUUACCCCUCGGUCCUUCAGAGACAUGUGGUGAUACACACGGGGGAGAAGCCCUACAAGUGUGUACUGUGUGGGAAAGCCUUUCACCAUUUCUACGCCCUCAGGCAACACACAAAGAUCCACACAUCCGAGAAAAACUACAAUUGCAUGCAGUGCCAGCAGACCUUCCGUCAGUUCUGCAGCUCUAGCAGGCAUGUGCAGAUGCACACGGGGGAGAAGCCCCAUAAAUGCAAGGACUGUGGGAAGGUCGUCAUCUACCCCUUCGUCUUCCAGAGGCACCUGAUGGCACACACGGGGGAGAAGCCCUACAUGUGUGAACAGAGUGGGAAAUGUUUUUGGCACCCCUAUUCCUUCAGCCAACAUGGAAAGGCAGAGACGGCCAAGCUGAACUGUGAGUGCAUGUGGUGCAGCACAGCCUUCCACAAGCUCUCCAGGCCCACAAGACACGGGAAAACUCCCCCCGAAGAGAAGCCCUACGUGUGUAAGGAGUGUGGGAAAGCCUUCGCUUACCCCUCCAUCUUCCAGAGGCACCUGAUCACACACACGGGGGUGAAGCCCUAUGUUUGUGAACAGUGUGGGAAUGCCUUCCGUUACCCCCAGUCCUUCCAGAGACACAAAAAGACUCACACAGCAGAGAAGCCGUACAUAUGUAAGGAGUGUGGGAAAGGAUUCAGGCGACUGGAGACCUUCCGUGUGCAUGUGAGGAUGCACACCGGUGAGAACCUCUAUAACUGUGAGCACUGUGGGAAAGCCUUCGGCUCCCCCAGGUCGUUUCAGGGCCACGUGAGGACGCACACUGGGGAGAAGCCCUAUGCUUGUGAACAGUGCGGGAAGGCCUUUACCUGGCCCUCGGCCUUUCGAAAACACGUAAGGAUCCACACCAUGGAGAAACCGUAUAAAUGUGACAAGUGUGGGAAGGGUUUCAAAUCUUCUAGAUACUUCCGAGCCCACGUGAGAACCCACACAGGAGAGAAACCCCACAAGUGCACACAGUGUGGGAAAGCCUUCAGCUGGUCCUCAUCCCUGCAGAAACACAUGAGACUGCACACUGGAUAGAAGAUUCACCCAGGGUGGAGAUACUGUGGAAGUUAUAAAUGGGAUUCUGCCUUUAUGAAUACCUCAUGCUUAAAACAGACUCCUAAAUGGUGAGUUUCCAGAUCUUUCACAAAUAAAAGUCUAUGUGAGAAAUAAUUCUCUUUGAGCUAGA